AUGGCUUGUGUAACCAUCGCCGAAUUAGUCGAACGCAUGGCGGCGCUGAGUCUACAGAGCUACGACAUCACCACUGAUUGUGUCCCCGUGCCUCUGGAUGAGAACGUCCAUAGUGGCAGCUCCCAUAAGAAUGAGGACAUCGAGAUUCCGGAUUAUCCCGAUACAAUUCGUAACGAAGUCGCGAAUUUUGUGCAACUCGACGCGACACGAUUUUUUGCGCAGACAUGGGAGGCGACGUUCAUUGCCUGGAUGGCGCUGUUGAGCAUUACGCAAAUAGCGCCUUGCGGCCCGCUUACAGUCCAGGGGCUUGCCGCGGCGGUUCGUGCCCUCGAUGGAGUCAUUAGCGGCAGGGAAGAGCCAUACCUUCCUCCUAGAUUUGGAUAUUUACAGCUAUUCCAUUUUCUGGAAUCACUGAGGAGCAGGAUAGAACGUGAUAAGAAGCGUGGGUUCAUCCAGGCAGAAAGCCACCGCACCAAUGCUGCGCUAGCGUAUGAGCUCUACCGGAACGCGCAAGGCAUUCCCACCACUACCAGCCAUUUGCGUCGUCUCAGACUCCUCGGCAGCCGUUGGAAAGACGCUGUUCGCUCCUCACCAUUUCUACUGCUUGCUUUCUCCAAAACUGCGGAAUCCUUUGCGAAAUAUCCUUCAUUUCGAAAGUUGUUUCUAAUGGCUUUAGAUGAUGUGCCCGAUAAAUUGAAGAACAUUUGCGGCGAGCUUUCCAGCAUUGCCGAACGCGCGGCUGCUAGCAAUUCCGAGAGUAACAGUGAGCAAAAUAGCUGGGAACAGCGUGGAAAUGCAGCGUGGAAAGGCAGCGUGGAAGUGCAACGUACGCAGGCAACGUGGAUGGAAAGGUGGAUAGGCGGCGUGGAUGUUAGUCUGCAGGGGUCAGUCUUCAGUCUGAAGGAGGGCCAGAUGAACACGGGGGCCAGUCUCCAGGAAAACAGCGAGGGAAGUGCUAGGUGCCAGGCAGCGUGGAAAGUCAGCGUGGAAAGCACUGGGCAGACUGCAACGAUCGCGACAGAGGCAGCCGAAAAACCACGCUAUCACAGCAGCCAUAGCAAUGCGCUGACCCUCACCGUCAUUCAUCAGCCACCUAUGGACAUACCCACUACACUCCUCGCUUCAGGCAGAAGUCUCCGCAACGAAGAGGCUCUCUGCGACGAUGAGAUUGACUGGGGCGAGGAGCUCCCCGACGAAGAGACUCUCCCCAACGAAGAAACUCCCCCCGACGAGGAGAUUGACUGGGACGAGGAGAUCCUCGACGAAGAAGCUCUCCCCAACGACGAGACUCUGCCUAACGGGGAGGCUCUCUGCAAUGGAGAGGCUCUCACCAACGAAGAGAUGUGUUUCCUGAAGCGGACGAUAUGUGACGAGCCCUGGUUAUUGUACCAGACUGAUAAAAGUCAGAUUCACACUUUCUGGGAUAACAUAAAAAUUGAUACAUCAAUGGCUCGAGAUUCAUGCCUUGCAGAUGCUUAUCAGGCAAUUCAAGUUUUGGAUGAAAUUAUAUCAGACAAGAGCCUAGUCUAUUGGAAGCACCGGCUUGCCUACGUACAACUACAAAAACUUUUGGCGUCGCUUGACAUGACUAUACUCCGCGAAAAACGCAACGGGCAUAUUGACGGUCGUCGUGGCUACGGUAAUAAGACAGUCAAGUACGAGAUACUCAGCAAGGCGCUCGAGGGCCGUUCUUCGGCAAAAGCCAUACGGCUCCAUGUUCGGCGCAGUAGGCGGUGGUCACUUAUUAUAGGUGGCUCAAUGCUCCUGGCAGUCGCUUACUCGGGCAAGGCCGAGACAUAUGUUACCGAGCACACUGAUCAUGCUGAUCUUUCCGAGCAGUCACGUGACGGCGUCCCUCUCUCCCAGUCGGGACGUCUUUCCUGUAUCUGCGUCACUGGCCCUGGCCGCUGUCCCCUCCGACCAAGCUUCUGCAUUUGUAACACUGUCACGGGUUGUAUCCUGAAAGAGACUCGGCCUGACGACCUCUUUUGUCGUGACAGCCAGCGCUAG